AGAGAAUGAUUUUGGAGAAGUGGUGAGCUCCUUUCUCUUCAGUCGGACGUCUACUGUGGUAGACAAAAGGAAACAGAGGUCUGAUCUCUUCCCAAACCAUUGCAGAUGGAGGCGGAUGCGGACGAGAAGCGCCGUUGCACACGUUCCAAAGUGCCUGUGGAACCAGCGACACAAGAGUUGUUCAGCUGCCCUACACCAGGCUGUGAUGGGAGCGGACAUGUCAGUGGCAAAUAUGCAAGACAUCGGAGUGUGUACGGUUGCCCCCUGGCUAAGAAAAGGAAAAUACUGGACAGACAGACCCUCGAGUCUACACCCAAGAGGAAGAACUUCAUAGCCCACAUGGAGAACUCUACUAUGGAGGAGUGCUACGCGUCCGACGGUAACGAGGACAUGGACGAUAGGGCGGAGCUGGAGGUGGAAGAUGAGGUGGAAGAGGGAGACGUGGCAGAGGAGGAGGAGGAGGAGGAGGAAGAGGAGGGCUACUCUGAGGACAAUGGGGAGCACAUGGAGCCGGAAGACGGGGAGGUGGAGGGGGAAGAGGAUGUGGAACUGGAGCAAGAGGAAGAGGAGGGAGUUAUGGACGGGAUUAAUGAAGGGGAAGUCGAGGAAGAGGAAGAAGAAGAGGUGGAGUAUGAAGAGGAGGACGACGAGCAGAGCCAAGAUCAAGAGGACGAUAAGAUGAGCAAUGGCAGUGAUGAAGGUGACAGCAGAGGUAGUGGCCAUCCCAUAUCUGGGCAGCAGACACUAACAGGGGAGAAGGACGACAACAAUAACGAGGAGUACGAGAACUAUGAUGAACUGGUGGCCAAGUCGCUGCUUAACCUGGGCAAGAUUGCAGAGGACGCUGCCUACCGUGCUAUGACAGAGUCCGAGAUGAACAGCAACUCCUCCAACAGCGCUGCGGAAGAAGAGGAGGACGAGGAGGACGAGGAGGACGAGGAGGACGAGGAAGGCGACGGGAGCGCCUCGCGGAAAGGUGAGCUCACUCUCGACGUGGACAGCGAUGUGGUAAGGGAGACCGUGGACUCGCUCAAACUAUUGGCGCAAGGCCACGGAGCAGUAAUCUCAGACGACCUGGACGGACAAGGUUACGAGGAUGGCACGGCUGAGAACGGCAGAGUUAACGGUAACGACUGUGCCCGUAACGGUGGGAUGGGACAGAACGGGGGUAACGGCAAGGGCUCCGGUUACGGACAGCUCGUCGACGAGAGCGACGAGGAGGUUUGCCUAAGCAGUCUGGAGUGUCUUCGAAACCAGUGCUUUGACCUGGCACGCAAGCUGAGCGAGACGAAGCCCGCAGAUCGCUCCGGGGCUCCCCAGCUGAACCACCUGGGAGGCGGGGAAGGCCAGCAGCAUGGACACCACCAGAGCUUUGGAGACUUCCAGCAGAGCCAUGAGGAAAGGCGCACGCUGGAGAGGAACUACUCGGACAUGGUCAACCUGAUGAAGCUGGAGGAGCAGCUGAGCCCGCGCUCGAAGGCCUUCUCCAGCUGUUCCCACGACGACCGCUACCACAUCCACGACCACGACGAGGACACCACCUCGGUGACGUCCGACCGCUCGGAGGAGGUGUUUGACAUGACCAAGGGCAACCUUUCCCUUCUGGAGAAGGCCAUAGCACUGGAGUCAGAGCGAGCCAAGGCCAUGCGGGACAAGAUGGCCGCCGAGGCGGCGAGAAGAGAUGGGGUGAGGUAUCACCACGAGCAACAUGGGUCACGGCAUGGAUACGGCGAGGAGAGAAAAGCACGGUUUCUCGAUGGUUUGAAGAAGCCCUACUACCACAAAGAUCCUUCACGCUCUGAGAAGAAGGACAGCAGGUGCCCGACGCCAGGCUGUGACGGCACGGGUCAUGUGACGGGCUUGUACCCUCACCACCGCAGUCUCUCCGGGUGCCCUCAUAAAGACAGAGUACCACCUGAAAUUCUUGCUAUGUAUGAGAAUGUUCUUAAGUGUCCUACGCCCGGCUGCACGGGACGCGGCCAUGUCAAUAGCAACAGGAACUCUCAUAGAAGUUUAUCAGGGUGUCCCAUCGCUGCAGCGGAGAAGCUGGUCAAAGCGCAGGAGAAACAUCAGGGUUGUGAUGGCUCCAAGUCCAACCAGGCCUCUGACCGCGUAUUAAGGCCUAUGUGCUUUGUAAAACAGCUGGAGAUCCCACAGUACGGUUACAAGAACAACGUCUCCACCAGUACGCCCCGCUCCAACCUGGCCAAGGAGCUGGAGAAGUACUCCAAGACCAGCUUUGACUACAGCGCCUUUGAAAACCACCACCACAACAACGUCUUCGGCAAACGGGCCAUUGCACCCAAGGUCCAUUGCCGGGACACGUCUCCUAAAGGAUAUGACGCCAAGCGAUACUGCAAGAAUUCCAGCUCUGCUAGCAGCACACCCAGCACCUACGCCCCCAGCAGUAGCAGCAGUAGCCUGAGCUGUGGAGGAGGAGGAGGAGGUGGUGGAGGAGGAGGAGGAGGAGGCAGCAGCGCCAGCAGCACCUGCAGCAAGAGCAGCUUUGACUACACCCACGACAUGGAGGCUGCCCAUAUGGCCGCCACCGCCAUCCUCAACCUGUCCACGCGUUGCCGGGAGAUGCCCCACGGGCUGGGGGGCAAGACCCAGGACCUGUGCUCACGGAACCCGGCCCUAGACGUGGAUGAGAACGGAACGUUGGACCUGAGUAUGAAUAAGCGCCAGGGGGCCGUGGGGUCGGUACUGACCCCUCUAGAACCCAUGUCUCCGCAGAGACAGGCCAUGAUGGGGUCCCGCUGCUACGGCCUAGGGGACACAGACUGCUGGGAUCUGCCUGUGGACUACACCAAGAUCAAGCGCAUCGACGAGGAUGACAAAGAGCCUGAUGACCUGGACCCCUUCCAUGACCUCCUGGAUGAUCGGCAGUACUCCAGUGACGUCACUAUGUCCAGCUCCCAAGUCCAAGUACAUUCACUGCAGGAGAGCAAGAAGGACCUGAUAACUCUCUCCGGCUGUCCUUUAGCUGACAAAAGCAUUAGAAGUAUGAUGGCCACCAAUGCGCAAGAGCUCAAGUGCCCGACACCGGGGUGCGAUGGUUCGGGGCAUAUCACUGGUAAUUACGCCUCACACAGAAGUCUCUCAGGGUGUCCGCGGGCUAGGAAGAGUGGGAUCAAAAUCACACACAGUAAAGAGGACAAGGAAGACCAGGAACCCAUAAGGUGUCCGGUGCCCGGUUGCGAUGGCCAGGGUCAUGUGACGGGGAAGUACGCCUCACACCGCAGUGCAUCUGGCUGCCCCCUGGCAGCCAAGCGACAAAGGGACGGCUAUAUGAACGGGGCCCAGUUCACGUGGAAGGCGGGCAAGACAGACGGCAUGUCCUGCCCCACCCCUGGCUGUGAUGGCUCGGGUCACGUCAGCGGCAGCUUCCUGACACACCGGAGCCUGUCGGGCUGUCCACGUGCCACAUCCGCAAUGAAGAAGGCUCGACUCUCCGGAGCGGAAACGCUCACGAUAAAACAGCGUGCCAGCAAUGGACUAGAAAAUGAAGAGGAGAUAAAACAGCUGGAUGAAGAAAUCAAAGAUUUUAGUGAAUCUAAUUCACACGUGGAAGCUGACAUGAUCAAACUUAGAACACAGAUAACUACAAUGGAGUCGAAUCUGAAGUCAAUAGAGGAUGAAAACAAGAAACCGCUGGUACACAAAGAAGCUCCUAUUAGAAAUAACAGCUGCUUACAGUUGCACCAGAGAGAGCCUAUCAGUGAACAGAACUUGGACGCUUACGUGACCACGCUCACAGACAUGUACACUAACCAGGAGCAGUACCAGAGCCAGGAGAACAAAGCUCUGUUGGAGAACAUCAAACAGGCAGUUCAAGGGAUCCAAGUUUAACUACCCAGCAAAUACUGAAAACCGCUUCUCCAAGAGAGGUGGUAGGUCUCAACAUGUACAGGCAAGGGGAACAUUGUUGGUUGCUGUAACUUCUCAUACAGUGUUAUAGAGUAUAUUGACUUCUGUUAUUUCAAGAAAAAAAGAAAUGUUAUGCUUCGGAACCUUCAUAAUGGUUUUCUUUUGGGUCUUGCUUUGACAAAAAAAAUGAGUAUCCGUCAAAAUAAUUUUUGAGGACAUUCACAUUUUGUACGUUUUCAUAUGAGCUAACAUAGUGUGAUGUAAUGGUUCUAGCUGCUCAUGUAUGCACAUUUUUCGUGUAUAUUUCUGAACAGUAAACUACAAAUAUAGGUAUUUUGUUCUUUUUAUUGCUUGAUGAUUAAGCAUUUUAGGUGAAAAACUGACCUGGACAAUGAAAAAAACCCUGGGAGGUGCAAGUUUGUAGCUGUUUUUCAAUUAUCUUGUUUCCUUUGUAGAUAAUUUUUGAACUUGAUGAUUUUGUAUGUUUUUUUGUUUGUUCUUGUGCCAAGAUUGUUCAAUAGCAAGACUUGGUCACCAGUUGCUUUAUUUUUCAACAACCUUGAGGAAAUGUAUUUUUCUUUCGAAAGCGGUUUAUUAGCCACAGGUGGGGGCAUUUUGUGAUUGGUAUUGAAAUUGAGUUUGAAAAGAAACUGACCUGACGUAUGUAUAAAUGUUACAGUUUUAUUAUAAACAUCUUGACACGGAAACCCAAUGGUGUGAAUCCCCUUACCAAGGAGGGACAAUGUGCUCCUUAAGAAACACAAUUGACCAAUGUGUUCAUAGAGACUCUUUGUCAGUCUGUAAGUAACAUGGUGUUCAAUGGCUAUUUAUUGUGGAUACACCAUUGCAGCUUCUGUUACAAAGUUCAAAAGUUCUAAGUUCUGAUUAAUUAAUAAAAUGGAUUACUGUCUUAGCAAUCUAUCUCUAAAACAAAUGUUUAUAGAUAAGGGAUACAAUCAACAAGAAAAAGAAAGCGUUUUAUGCAAUUUCUUGAUUAUGAACAAAGUGCAGUAAAAAAAAUAAUCUUUUGUAAAAUCUACAUUUUUUUAUAAAUCUGUUAAUAGAAAACAAAUUCUUUAAUAAAGUAGUGAACAAACAUGGGACUUGGAGUUAUAGAGGUGAAAUAUAGUAUAUGAGUUCCAAUUUCUUUACAUACAAUUUUGCACUGGGACACCUUGUUUCCAUGUUUUGAUGUUUCUACAGAAACUAAAGCAGUACCUGAGAGCCUAAAUGGAGGAUUACCAGAAAACAUUUGUAAAGAGUAUUUAUAGAAUAUGAGAGCGGGACUUACAGGGUCAUUGUCCCCCACUUAUGUGCCACUAGACUAUUUGCACUUGUCCGAGAGAUAUUAACCUAACAUGCGGCAGCGUGCAAUUUCCGGGUGUCCCCCAUGACACAAGUUUGGAAUAAAUAACUGCUAGAAGCCACUGUAGGGGAUGAAAGUACCACUGAAGGACAACUACAGGGACUUGAAUUGAACUCUGCCGCAUACUGUAUUAGCAAGUGUAAAACUAUGUUGUUCUUUCAUUUUGGGCAUGUUGUAUGAAGAUGAACCAAUCCCCAAGCAGCACUUUAUAUCUAAUCACUGUACAAAUGAUUAAAUAGUCAAUCAAUGAAAAGGUAAAAGGCGCAGAAAAUAACAGGAUCAGUUUCCCUGGAGGUUGGGAAUCCCUGGAAGGGGUGCGUUCAGUGUCAACUCUGUAACUGUACGUACUGUACCUACCCAUUCUGUUGUGCUAGUUGUUAGCGACCAUGUUCAGAAUUUGCCUUUUUGAGAACAAAUAUGAGAGAUAAUGCAAAAGAUUAUUUUCAUUUAUCCAAUAUCUCAUGAAGUCCUCUUUUAGGACUCCCCAUCCUUCAUGGCCGCGUUUUAUGCCUCUUCCCCACAGCAUCGUGUCUGCAGCUUUUUGCCAAUAUAGUGAUGCUUUCAGUAGAGUUAAUAGCUAGUAUAAGUUUUGAAUUGAUUUUCAUUAUUGGUACAAUGGAAAGGGAUUUUUAAAGCACAAACCUGCGUAUAUCGUCGAUACCCUACAUAAUAUCCAGUUUUGGGAAAAAAAGUUAUCUGUGACUAUCUACAUAGGGAACGCAAAAGGUGUCACAUAUUAGAAUGCUGACUUUUCAUAUAAAUUGUGGAUUCAUCAGAGUUAAUUUAUUACUUAUUCAUUUGAAGUUGAUUUAGGUAAUCAUUAACAAAGACGGGAUUUUGUAUAAAAUAUUGUGGUCUGUGGAACUGAAGUUUGAUUUAUUUUUGUACGACACAGCAUGGAUUUGUUGACAUUUUAAUUUUGCUAUAAAUGUGUAAGAUCACAAGUUGCUGUGAUAUUUCAUUUUUAAAUUGUGAACUUUGUACAAUUUUUGUCAUGGAUGUUGACACAUCUUACUCUGAAUAAAGAAAAAUUGUGUUGCCACAGG